GAAGAUUGGGCCUUCUUUAUUAUUGAAACGAAAUUAAGAUUUAAGACAAACAUGGGGGGGUUGACCUUUGGCGGCUUCGGCAUGUGACUUAAGUGUCAGAAGAGGAAUACAAAAACUUUUAACUGAUCUGAAUUCGAAUCUUAAACAUUAAAGAAAUCAAAGCGAAGAAACAACCAAACUCAACCAAUCAAAAUGGCCAUGGGGUCUUGUUAUUAGUUCGAUAGACGCAUAGAUUGGUUGAGAAGAGAAAAGAGGAAACAUGGGUUGGAAUUGGAGAAAUGGGUUUCAAGAAGUGGCGAAUACAAGGCCUCUGUUCUUGACAAUUUACGCCACCGUCGUCAUUGGUGUAAUCUUCUCCUCUUUCUAUGUCUUCUCGGCUAUAUAUUCCAAGCCUUUAGUUGACUCCUCCAUCUCAUGGCUCUCCUCUCCACCUUCAGCUAUUUCCUCUCACAAUGUGGAUUCUCAUCCAACAGAGCCAGCACUCAAUUUUUCUCGAUCAGCAACAGUGGGUCUAACUACAGGGCCUCAAAGCGUGUUGAUGCCCCCUAUUUGGCAAGUUCCCUCACAAACCAAAAAAAUGCCACCUUUGAAGGCUUUUCAACUGACUAAAGAACUGGUUCAGCAAAGGGUGAAAGAUAACGUCAUAAUAGUGACCUUUGGUAACUACGCAUUCAUGGAUUUUAUCCUGACUUGGGUUAAACACUUGACAGAUUUGGGGCUCUCUAACCUUCUUGUUGGUGCGAUGGAUACCAAAUUGUUGGAGGCUUUGUAUUGGAAAGGUAUUCCUGUUUUUGAUAUGGGCAGCCAUAUGAGCACAGUUGAUGUUGGCUGGGGCUCUCCAACAUUUCAUAAGAUGGGGAGACAAAAAGUUGUUAUGAUAGAUUCAUUCCUUCCCUAUGGUUUCGAACUGUUGAUGUGUGAUACAGACAUGGUUUGGUUGAAGAACCCGCUGCCAUAUUUUGCUCGUUUUCCUGAAGCAGAUGUCUUAACUUCUAGUGAUCAAGUCAUACCAACAGUUGUUGAUGACAGGCUAGACAUUUGGCAACAAGUUAGUGGAGCCUACAAUAUAGGAAUAUUCCACUGGCGGCCAACAGAUUCUGCAAAAAAACUGGCAAAGGCAUGGAAAGAAAUGCUUAUAGCUGAUGACAAAAUAUGGGAUCAAAAUGGGUUUAAUGAUCUUUUACACAAGCAGUUAGGACCACCUGUGGACGAGGAGAGUGGACUUGUAUAUGCUUUUGAUGGAAAUCUCAAGCUGGGAAUCCUGCCAGCUAGUAUAUUUUGUAGUGGACAUACUUAUUUUGUCCAGGCCACGUAUCAGCAAUUCAGAUUGGAGCCAUAUGCAGUGCAUACCACAUUUCAGUUUGCAGGUACUGAAGGAAAGCGGCACCGGCUUCGGGAAGCCAUGGUUUUCUAUGAUCCACCAGAAUACUAUGAUUCACCAGGAGGAUUCUUAUCAUUUAAGCCAUCUAUUCCCAAGAGCUUGUUACUAGAUGGGCAACAUACUAUUGAAUCACACUUUUCUCUAGUUAAUUACCAAAUGAAACAAAUAAGGACAGCACUUGCGAUAGCUUCAUUGUUGGAUCGUACACUGGUCAUGCCUCCACUAUGGUGCAGGUUGGAUAGGCUGUGGUUUGCGCACCCGGGAGUUUUGGAAGGCUCUGUGACUAGACAACCUUUUAUUUGUCCUCUGGACCAUGUAUUUGAGGUAAAUGUAAUGUUGAAAGAACUGCCAGAGGACGAGUUUGGCCCCCAGAUCGAUAUUAAGGAGUACUCUUUCUUUGACAAUCCAUCAUUACCAAGACAGGUGAAAGAUUCAUGGCUUGAUGUUAAGCUUUGUCAAGAAGGAAGUAAAGAUUGUCAUGCAUCUAAUGGUACCAGUCCACAAGGCGUACUCAGAUUUCCAAAGCGCAGCAAUGAAGAAACGUUCAAGGCGGUAUUCUCUUCAUUCAAGGACGUUAAGGUCAUUCAAUUCUCUUCGAUGCAAGAUGCUUUCCUAGGUUUUAGUGAUAAGACAAGGGAACAGAAAUUCAGGAACCGUGUGAAGCGGUAUGUUGGUAUAUGGUGUUGUGUGACUGAUCACACUCCUGGACACAUAUAUUAUGAUAUGUAUUGGGAUGAGAAACCUGGUUGGAAACCGAAAGCACCUCAAACUCCAGCAGAUGAUCACCCACCUUUGUGAGGCACAACCUUAGGCUUAUGUUGGUCACAAUACUACAAGAGCAAUGGAGAAAGGAAUAAGAAGAAAAGAAAAAUUCCAGCGCUGGAUUACUUCCUGACUCAUUGUUGAAACUAAGCUGGCCCGUAUGCACAUUUUUAGAAGAAGAGAUGUUGUAUCCAAAUAGAAAAACUAAUUAAACAUAGAGAUGAGAUGAGCUGUAUCUUAUGUAACAAUAGAUGAUUUAUAUUCACUUUUUCACAGUGCAAAUAAAGGAAACAGGAGCAAAUGAUUCGAAGGAGGGAGAGCGAUAAUUUGUUUGCUUCUUCACAACAUUAUGAUAA